UUGGCCACGACCCCAAACCAAACCCACUUCACCAGUCAGGUUUUGUCGACAGUCAAUUUAUAAGUUUAAAGUGCACAUUACGGAUGGCAUCUUCACACCUUUAUUUCGUCGCUCCAUUUCGAACUCUCCGAUCAUCGCCGUCACUGCCAAAAUCUCCUCGUUUUCCUCUCCACGUUUCACGAUCAUCUCACCUCCUGACCCACAAGACGCUCGCUUUCUCGACUGUGAUUAGAGGCGCUUCGGGUUCCGGAAGAUCUAGUUGGAGAGCCAUGGCGGAGAAAGGGAAAGGAAAGGUGGUGGUUUUUGAUUCCGAGGAGGAUCUCUCGGUGUCGCUUGCUAAAUACACCGCCGAUCUAGCUGACAAGUUCUCCAAAGAGAAAGGCAGUUUUACUGUGGUUUUGUCUGGUGGCUCUCUCAUCAAGUCUCUCAGGAAACUGGUGGAAACUCCAUAUGUUGAUGCGGUGGAUUGGUCAACAUGGCAUGUUUUCUGGGUUGAUGAAAGGGUUGUUCCCAAGGAUCAUGAUGACAGUAACUAUAAGCUAGCUUUUGCUGGGUUUCUUUCGAAGGUGCCAAUUCACCCGGGUAAAGUCUAUGCUAUCAAUGACGCACUGCCUGCUGAAGGUGCAGCCGAUGACUACGAGACUUGUCUCAAGCACUUGGUUAAGAGCAACGUGAUUAGUGUCUCAGCAGCUACUGGGGUUCCGAAGUUCGAUCUCAUGCUUUUGGGGAUGGGACCAGAUGGUCAUGUGGCUUCUCUUUUUCCAGGCCACCCUCUGGUCAAGGAGAAAGAAAAGUGGGUUACCUUCAUUAAAGACUCACCAAAACCACCCCCAGAGAGAAUCACCUUCACUUUCCCGGUUAUCAACUCAUCUGCUAACAUUGCACUCGUGGUGUGCGGUGCUGGUAAAGCUGGUCCAGUCAAUGCCGCAUCAGGAAAUGGUCAGAAUUCUGAUCCACUGCCUGUUCAGAUGGUUUCACCAGAAGGGGAGUUGGUUUGGUUUUUGGACAAGGAUGCAGCUUCUAAGCUGUAAGUUGUAUGUCAUAGAUUAUCCUAGUUACUUUUAAGUUUAAGCUCCAUGGCCUGAGCAGUGGUUGUGCUAUUGGAGUUAUCUCCCAGUAUAGUUAUCGACUGCCAAAACAUGUUAUGUUAAUAAAAUGUAUUUCCCGGUCGUAUCAACUGCGAUUGAGUUAUUAGCCUUAAUGCGAUAAUUAU